AAAGGGAAUUCCAGUGCAUUUGGUCUCAGUGUGGAGGCUGUGAAAGUGAUUGCAGCGGGUUUUGUGGUCAGAUGCAGACACUGCGCAGUCUGGAGCUUCCCUCAGUUGCGGUGCAGACAGCGCGCGGGACAAUAGGGGCACUGUUUGCGGCGGAUGGACACACUGCCGGCACCGCGGCGGCUGUCGAACUGAGUGCGGCGGCUGUGAGGAGUCGAGCGGCCCCCGGGGGCGACGGAGCAGAUUUAGCGUCACUGACCACUCCCAUCCCCAAUGUAUCUUUACCUGCCUAGGAUCUAAAUAAUGAAUAGUGAAACCUGACGAGCAAAUGGAGAGGCCUUGCUGCCGUAUAUCAGCUUACUGGAAUGUACUGCGUGCCACCAUGUGAUUCUUCAAUAGACGGAUUGAAUACAGACGCUAUCAAACUGAGACUAAGGAUAUAAACAUAGAACAGUUUCGAAGUGGUUACUCAACGGCAAGAUUAUAAAGAUCACCUCUUCCAUGGUUGUGCAAUUUGAAAUAUCGUUGCAACUAAAAUACUGAACUUACUAACUGAAAGAAUCAUGGCAAGCAGAGGAGCUUCUAGACCAAAUGGUCCUGGCCAGACAAAGAUCUGUCAAUUCAAGCUGGUUCUAUUAGGAGAUAUGGCGGUGGGGAAAUCAAGUUUAGUCCUGCGUUUUGUCAAAGGCCAGUUUGAUGAAUUCCAAGAGACAACAAUUGGUGCUGCUUUUCUUGCUCAGUCAGUCUGUCUGGAUGACACAACAGUGAAAUUUGAGAUUUGGGAUACUGCUGGUCAGGAACGUUACCACAGUUUAGCACCAAUGUAUUACAGGGGGGCUCAAGCUGCCAUAGUGGUUUUUGAUAUCACAAAACAGGAAACAUUUGAUCGAGCAAAAGCAUGGGUAAAAGAAUUGCAGAGACAGGCCAGUCCUAAUAUAGUGAUAGCCUUGGCUGGCAACAAAGCUGACCUAGCAGAUAAACGAAUGGUGGAGUAUGAGGAAGCACAAGCAUAUGCAGAAGAUUGUGGUUUGCUGUUCAUGGAAACAUCAGCUAAGACAGCAAUGAAUGUCAAUGACAUAUUUCUCGCAAUAGCAAAGAAAAUGCCAAAAAAUGAUCCUCAAAAUCCAGCAACUGCUGCCAGAAAUCGAGGGGUAAAUCUUCAGGAAACAAACCAGCAAAGCCAAAGGGGUUGCUGUGGCAAUUAACAGUAUUUGGACCUCGAACAACAUGAACAAUAGAAAAUAUGGAUAUUGGAGAUUUUCUUUCCUUUUUAUAUUAGCACGCUUUACUGUGCUAAUUCCUUUUAUUCUCUCCCAUUUUGGACUACUGCAUGAGUCAUUCUUCUCAUGGUUGACUACAGGUCUCUUCUGCUUUUACCUGGCACCUGUAGAAAGUAAAUGAUGUAAAUAGCUUGUCAAAUCACUAUGUGUAAAGGUUAGUUACUCCUUUUCACCAGAUUCAAUGAAGGCUUUCUCUGCAAAUCAAACUUUGUUGAGGAUAAAUAUUCUCCCACACUUUCCUAAUCUUAUACUCAAUCCACUAUAAUUUCUUCCUGUUAUCUAAUUUGAUUACUAUUUCAUGUACAAUAAGAGAGCCUAAUUUGCAGGUAUUCUGAAAUGCAAUAUUCAAAAUCUUUCUUUGAAUGCAUUUUCUCUUAACUUCAUACACAAGUUUAGCUUGGUGUAGGGAAAGUAUUUUUAAAAUGUAAUAUAAUACAGUUUUGAAAAGCUUUCAACAGUUGCUUAUGCAAAUCUUUAAGAACAAGAGUGUGCUGGUUCUGAUUACUUGGGCACAAUAUUUAGAAGCUCAACAUUGCUUUUCACUGUAGUAGUUUGAAACCCUAGUCAAGUCUUACCCAUAAUAACAGAUAAUUAAAUCCUGUUAAUAAAUGAAGAUUGCUUAGAACAAGGCUUGUCUAUAAUGCAAGUGGCAGUGCCCUUCUUCAUUUAUCUUCCAUGUAUCAUGGCUAAGUCAAAGAGAGCUAUUGGGAUAAACUGUUACAGUUGCCUGUUUUUAUUUUUGUGCUAUUGAUGUUUUUCUUUUCACAUAUAGACCCUAGCCAUGUAUAUAUUUCUUCCUGUACAUCAAUAGGGGGAGAAAAUGCUGUACUGACGGUGUGUUUUGUAUGUCUAUUCUCAGUAUAGUAAAUUGAGUGAAUAUUAGAUAUUCUUGUACAGCGAAAGGGGAAAAAAAAAGUUGCAUCCAAAUCUGUAUUAGUUGCAGGAUGUCUCUUUUAACAAAUUCUUGUGACGGAUUAUUAGUGGGGUGUGAAGUUGUUCAAGUUAACAGUCUGAAAUGAUCCCUUUCUUUUGGUCAAAUUUUAAGGUGUGUGUAAAGUUGUCCUACAAGUCUUGCUCUUCCUAAGCCCAUAUGAAAAAAGUAAACUCUUGGUGCUUUAGUUCAGAGUAAGUUCUUGGCAUCAGAUCUCCCUCAUAUAUUGCUUCAAUGUUGAAGUUUGCAUCAGCUACCUGACAAAAGGAGACCAAAAACAUUGUUCUUUUAUUGACCGAAUAGUUUGGCAUGCAGAGCAGGGACCACCCUAGGAGGCUUUAACAGCAAUGGAACAUUGUACCAUUUAUGAACUUCUUAGUGCUUUAUUGAGCCACACGGCUUAAAGCUAGACACUUUUGAUUCAUUUAUCAAAAGAACAGCAAGACAAAUAUUCAUGGUUGGAAGACAUGCAAAACUUUGAUACUACAGAAAUGAAUGUUGGGGUUUGAUUUUGACCAGUUUUUCUAAAACAGCAAAGAUUGUUAACAGGUGACACGAUAUUUUGGGGCCUUGAUUUGUUAGGUGAAAAAGGUAAGCAUUGAUUUGUUAUUUGACGCUGCUUAGUAUCAACACCCACUUACAAGGAUUUAGUGCAACUAAACAGGCUACUAAUGAAGCUGUAUCAUUGAUUUUGGUAUUUUUCUUGCAGAUAAUCUCUUCCAUUGCUCUAACUUUAUUAUCACAUUUUCUCGGUCCAUCAGAAUAUAUUGUACUAAUUUUUUUUAAAGUAUUGGGGUUGCCUCAGAGCUAGACCAUAUUUAUUAACUUUUGUAGCUGUCUUGUUUGUUGGAAGCAUGAGGUGAAGAUUAUUCAGUUGCUUAAGACUUCUGCAUCAGUCAGUUUGGUCAUGCUGAUGUAUACUUCAAAUUCAUGUACCUGUCUUUACUCCAUAUACCUUUUAUUACCCUUACAUAACAAAAGUAAUUCCAUUUCUUACUUGAAAACUUUAAUCAUCCCUGAAUCCAAAAGUGUUCCGGAGAGAAAAUUUCAGUUUUGUACUACCUUUUGUGUCAAAGAAGUGAUUCUUGAUUUUGCCCUUGGGAUUGUGCCCUCUCAUUCUUUCUUACCCCAGAGCAAAUACUUCCUCUUCAUCUUCCCUUAAAUAGUAUGAUCAAUUCAUCUUUCAAUCUUCUAUUCUGACUGAAAAUUUUAAUGCUUUUGAUAAUUUAGAAAAAUCAAGGACUUGUUAAUGCCUUAAUAAAUGGGUCACAAAAUAGGACAGCCAAGUCUUGCCCUGCUUAGCAAUUAGUUUGCAAAGUAUCCCAAAAGGCUAGGCUGUUGAAGAAACCCUUUUAGACUAGGGUGCAUUCGUGGACCACCAAAUCAAGAUAAGAUAGAGAUAGGCUUAUCACAGUCAGUCAUUAAAUCGCCCCUCAAUUUAAUUUUUACAUUUAUAUAAGGGGACUUAGUUGACAUGCCUUUUCAUCCCUGCCUUUGGAACUGCAGUACUCACUGCAUACUCCAUGCUCCACACCCACACCCCAAAGCAUCCUGCCUUACAAUUGAUUUAAUUUGUCUAUUGCAUAGAAUGUGAGAGAUGACCACAGGUUUAAUGCAUCUGAAAUUGAGUUAUGUGCCUUUCUGAAUCAAAUCAAAGCCUGCUGUGAAAACAUACAUCUGUUACUUUUCUAUGAACAUGUGUUUUACUUUAAAGGGUAGAUUCUUACAAAUUUGCAGCCCUGGAGUUUUUGUUUUGCUAAUAGUGCACUUUGGGAUUUCUGGCAAAGAAUUCAACAGGUGCUUUUUCAUCAAUAAUUGAAAAUCCAUCAUGGGACAUGCUGAUUUCCAAGCUAAAUUUCCAUAUUAUGGUCUUGAUGGAUAAAGUUUUGUACCAGAGUGCAGAUUUGUUCAAAUCUAAUUGUUUAUGUGUAUAGUUAAUUUCAUCAGUUAGUUACUAAAUAUACAAUGCAAAUGUUUGACCAUGCUAGAGGGUGGUUCAAGAAGAUACAAUUAUCUCAAUGCAACCUAGAAAGCAUGGCUCCUUCCACAUUGAGUAUCAGGACUGAAAGCUUUGCAUAACACUUAUCCCAUAAAGAAGAAUGUCAGAAAAGUAGAUGCUGACUUAGAGGGAAGAAAUGAAUGGAAGUGAGAUCUGAGUAACAUUUGAGGAUGUACUUGUCAAGUUUGAGAAGUGUUAUUACAUUAAGUUUAAAUUGUGCUUAAUGGAAAGCUCAACCUUUUGGAAUUUAAGUGAUUUUUUUUUUGUUUAAUGUUACUUUCUUCUUGGCUUGCUGGCAGAUAUGUUUUUCCAACUGAGAGGAUGAUAGCCCUUCAGUUCUAUUUCCUCCCACUCCACCCCAAAUCACCCUCUGCUGUUCUCCAACUCCCCUUGCAGGUUGGCAAGAAUGGAUCUGAUGAAAGCUAGUGUCUCACUUCUGUGAUGUAGCAUGUUGGUGUUUCAGUAUACUGCGAUACCAGACAUAAAGUUUUUAUUAAUUUAGGAUACAUUUUCACACCCAUUAUAAAGCUUUUAUUAUGGUGCUGUUGAUGCAUUCUGCUUUUGUUCCUCAAAAAUUCAGUAUGUAACACUUCUAAACAGUGGUAACAUUACUUUCAAUUGUUUGCAUUAUUGAUAUUUCAUCUUUCUUUACAAUAGCAAAAUCAUUUUAAAAAUGGAUCUUUAUUCUUAUUUAAAAGAUUAUAUGUAAUGGUGACUAGUUUAUGAAAUGUUUGAGAAUAGUGUAUGGUCUAAUUUUUAUUCCCAGAUUUGUGCAACAAAAAAAAGCACUGUGCGCAUCAGAUUAUAUUAAACCAGAUACUAUUCACUUUUUCAAAAUCCUGAACAGUAACAUUUGUUCAUCAUACAAAAUGCAGUAAUUUUAAAAUUACCCAGAAACCUUGUAAAUUGAGCAAAACCAAACAACAGCAUAAAUUCAGCUAAUGAAAACAAUGUUUCAGAAACUUAGCUUGCAGAACUGACUGUUAUCUAGACUUGACCAAGCUAAUUAAAAGUAUGUUUCUUGGUCUGUGAUGUGGUCUGAACUCAGUCGUGGCUGUAAUUGGGCACAUUUUUGAGCCUGAGCACUCCAUUGCUUGGGAGUCUUGGGGUUCCUAACUGAUGUUGAGAAGACUGCAUUUUUGGACAUUAGUACACUGCAUGAUUAAACAGUAAGAUAGCAGAGCAUUGCCUAUUUUCAAUAAGGUUAGUCCAGCAUCAGGAAAAAAGACAUGAAAUUGGAAAGAAGGAAAUAUUUUCCCUUCUCCUGUUUUGAGAGGAGGAGAAAUUAAUUUGGAAAAUUGGUUAUUCUGUUUUUGUUCCUUCACAGAUGGAGGACAGAAGUGUUAGAACUGUUGUUCUCUGUUCUGAUGAAAGCUGAUGCUGUAACUUGAGUACAGCUUGAAAAUAAGCACUAUAUACAAUACACUAAUAUUCUUUGGAUCAGUAGAGUGGAUAUAACUUUGUAAUGUUUUUAGUUGUCUUAUUUUAUUGCAAUAAAUGCAGAUAAGCAAAACUGUGAUUUGAGGCAACUGGUCA